UGCCCGGAUGCAGCGGGAGGAGGCGCUGCCGCCAUAUUUGCCCGGAGAGCAGCGAGCUGGUAGCUGCGGAGCCCCCCGGACCCAUCGGCUGCCAUCCGCCCCGCGCAGUCCCCGCCGCCGCCCCGCCCGUAGGACAUGGACGAUCGGGAGGACCUCGUCUAUCAGGCCAAGUUGGCUGAGCAGGCUGAGCGCUACGAUGAAAUGGUUGAAUCAAUGAAGAAAGUGGCUGGAAUGGAUGUGGAGUUGACAGUGGAAGAAAGAAACCUUCUUUCUGUUGCAUAUAAAAACGUGAUUGGAGCCAGGAGAGCUUCCUGGAGAAUAAUCAGCAGCAUUGAACAGAAAGAAGAAAACAAAGGUGGAGAAGACAAAUUAAAAAUGAUUCGGGAAUAUCGGCAAAUGGUUGAGACUGAACUGAAGUUAAUCUGUUGUGACAUUCUGGAUGUACUGGACAAACACCUCAUUCCAGCAGCUAACACUGGCGAGUCCAAGGUUUUCUAUUACAAAAUGAAGGGGGACUACCAUAGGUAUCUGGCUGAGUUUGCCACAGGAAAUGACAGGAAGGAGGCUGCAGAGAACAGCUUGGUGGCUUACAAAGCUGCUAGUGAUAUUGCAAUGACAGAACUCCCACCAACACAUCCCAUCCGCUUAGGACUUGCGCUCAACUUCUCUGUAUUCUACUAUGAAAUUCUUAAUUCUCCUGAUCGUGCCUGCAGGUUGGCAAAAGCAGCUUUCGAUGAUGCUAUUGCAGAACUGGAUACACUGAGUGAAGAAAGCUAUAAGGACUCUACACUUAUCAUGCAGUUGUUACGUGAUAACCUGACACUAUGGACUUCAGACAUGCAGGGUGAUGGUGAAGAACAGAAUAAAGAAGCAUUGCAGGAUGUGGAAGAUGAAAACCAGUGAGACACAAAGGCCAACAAGAGAACCCAUCUCUGACCACCCUUCCCCUUCCCCACAAAAACCCUCAGUGUCACUCUGAGAACCACCAAAUCUGACUUUUACAUUGGGUCUCAGAAUUUAGGUUCCUGCCCUGUUGGGUUUCUUUAUUUUUAUUUUUUUUACACAGUUUAAAAGUUCUUAAAGGCAAGAGUGAAUUUCUGUGGAUUUUACUGGUGCCAGCUUUUAGGUUCUUUAAGACACUAACAGGACUGCAUAAAGGCUCUUUCAGCAUUACUGUAUUGUCUCUGCCAGCUGUGGUGACAUUGCCAUCAGACCUGGAUGUGACACCUGAAGGCCGUGUAGGGAGAGAUUGGUCCUGGCCAGGUAGUGCUUAUGUGGUGGCAUCUUUCUUUUUUUUAUAACUGUUUAAACUGAAUUUUAUACCAAUGUUUCAACUUAAUUGGGUGUUUAGCUUGAAGUUACGAGGUUGCAUUUGGGACAUUUAUUGUAGUGGUUUUACUGUAUAAAAACAAAAAGUUUCCAAACUGCUGAAAUGUUGCUGAAAAUCAUGGUGCUGGUAACAGUUCAACAAUCCGUGGCUGCUCAUUCUUGCCUGUUCUUUACUUUCCCUCCAAGCAGGUUAGCAUUGAAGGUGGCAUUGAUAAGCCUGCAUGCGUGUUCAAUAUUUUUUCUUUUCUCCCUCCCCUCUCCCCAUCUCCCUUCGCUCGCUCAACCUCUUUUGUUCAGUAUGUGUAACUUGAAGCUAAUUUGUACUACUGGAUAUCUGACUGGAGCCACAGAUACAGAAUCUGUAUUGUUCUUACUGAAACACAGCAUGGAAUUAACAUUAAACUUAAAUAAAACAAACCUAAAUUAAAAAUGCCAA